AUGAUUACUACGAUGUACUCAGAAGAAUCCGGAAGAAGUAGUUACUUGCCACGCAAGAGACAUCUCGAAAACCCUUCUGAAGAACAUAGCAAAAGAUCGAGACAUUACCAUCGUGAUCAAUACCAAAACACGAACUCUAUCCCUCAUGGUUGGCUAGAUUGUCCUAGUUUCGGUAAAGAGAUCGGCGGUUUUAUCAUCCCUUCAAAAGUCCCUCUCAGCGAAUCUUACAACGACCAUCUCCCUCCCGACAAAAGAUACUCUUUCAAAUAUUGGUUAAGUAACGGACCUAAGAAGCUUGGUCUAGUGAUUGAUCUCACCAACACGACUCGUUACUAUAACCCUAGCACAGAGUUAAGAAGGGAGAGGAUCGAGUACGUUAAGAUUCGUUGCAGUGGUCGUGACUCUGUCCCUGAUAACGUCUCCGUAAACACUUUUGUCCACGAGGUGAAUCAGUUUGAGAGACAUAACUUCCCUAAGAAGCUUCUCGUUCACUGUACGCAUGGUCAUAACCGUACAGGCUUCAUGAUUGUUCAUUACCUUAUGCGGUCUAGGCCUAUGAUGAGUGUUACACAGGCUCUUAAAACGUUUUAUGAUGCUCGUCCUCCAGGGAUAUACAAAGCGGAUUACAUUGAUGCUCUUUACAGUUUCUAUCACGAAGUAAAGCCAGAGAGUGCUGUUUGUCCACAAACACCUGAGUGGAAGAGGUCUGAAGACGAGUCUUUAUCACCGUGUGUCCCUUCACUACAAGAGGAAGUGAAAGUGAUCAAGAAGAUGUCAAUUGAUGACGUUUUGGGAGAUGAGAUACCUUACAGUCAAGAGAAGUGUUACCAGGAGUUUUGUUAUAAGAUGAUGAAUGUUAAGAUAGAUGGAAAACCUUUGCAGUUUCCUGGUUCGCAUCCUGUAUCUUUAGACAGGGAAGGGCUUCAACUCUUGAGGCAGAGGUACUAUUACGCGACGUGGAAAGCAGAUGGGACACGUUACAUGAUGCUCUUGACUAGAGAAGGAUGUUAUUUGAUAGACAGGAAUUUCAGAUUCAGAAGAGUACAGAUGCGUUUCCCUUGUAGGCCUCACGAGCCUAAAGUGCAUGACUACACUUUGCUUGAUGGAGAGAUGGUUGUAGAUAACUUUGUAGACGGACAAGGAAGGCCUUGUCAGGCGAGGAGGUAUCUUGUCUAUGACAUGGUGGCAGUUAACGGUGUAUCAGUAGCUGACCGUCCUUUUAGUGAAAGAUGGAGCAUUGUCGAUAGAGAAGUGAUGAGACCUCGUAACGAUGAGAAGAAGGUUACAAACCAUUGGUACAGAUACGAGAUGGAGCCUUUUGGGGUACGUAUAAAAGCGUUUUGUAUACUCUCUGCUUUGGAGAAGAAGGUGUUCAACGAGCUGAUACCUAAGCUUUCACAUGAGUCCGAUGGGAUUAUACUUCAAGGUUGGGACGACCCUUAUGUUUACCAGAGAAACCAAGGCUUAUUCAAGUGGAAGUUUCAAGACACUAUUGACUUUUUAUUUGAAGUGGGUAGAGAUGGGCGUUACAUGCUGUUCUUGUAUGAAAACGGGAGGAAAAAGCUUAUGAAUGGACACACGGUUGAGUUUAGAGGUGGUGGUUGGGACCACCCGGGUUGUUACUCUGGGAAGCUUUUGGAGUGUUUCUGGGAUAAAGAGGAUAAAGUAUGGGUGCCUAUGAGGGUUAGAGUUGAUAAGUCUCGACCAAAUGGCAUGGGAACUUUUCGUGGUGUGAUGAAAUCUAUUAAUGAUGAUAUAACUAAGGAGGUUUUGCUGGAUGAGAUUAAAGAGAUUGUUCGUCUUCCAAUGUACGUUGAGCGUAUUGAUAGGGAUACUCAACGUAAAGUCUGA